AUGGGGUUCGAACGCGCGGUGACGCACGAGAAGCUUCGAGCGCUGCUCGUCGAGCGCGCGCUCGAGCGAAGAGGAAAAUGGCGCGAGAAAAUCACGAGCGCGCGCGCGAUGCCGGUGGAGGUGUUAAAAGAUUUCGAUUGGUGCGUGCGCGGGACGACGGGCGGCGCGGGCGCGGCGACGGGAUCGAUCUCGGUCGCGAACGCGCCGACGUGUCGCUUCGCGCUUCGGUUGCGGCGCGGCGGCGCUUCGGCGGCGGCGGCGGCGCGAGACGUGCACUUCAGCGUCGGAAUCGAUGCGCUGGACGUCAUCGCGGAUAAGUGCGCGGAGGCGCGCAGGGCGAUCGAGACCUUGGCGCCGGGCGCGACGCCCGAAUCGUAG